GGGGGAGGGGGGGUCAUGGGGUCGGUGUGGAAGCGGCUGCAGCGCGCGGGGAAGUCUGCGGCUAAAGUGAAGUUUGUGGCCAACCUGGAGGAGCUGAUGGUGGAGGGGGACAGGAGAUGGCAGCCCGAUAAGCUCACGGUGGUGUGGAGCAGGCGCAACCGGAGGGUCUGCUCCAAGCCCCACAGUUGGCAGCCGGGCAUCGAGAACCCCUAUCGGGGGCUGGUGGUGUGGGUGCUGCCCGAGAGCAUCGAGGUGGUCGUGACCCUCUACCGGGACCCCCACGCCACCACCUAUGAUAAGAAGGAAUGGAGUUUCCUCAUUGAGAACGAGCGCCGCGGCCGCCGCUCGGUGCUGGCGGAGGCUCCGUUGGACCUGGGCCGCUUGGGGGGGGCUGCGGCGGCCGCGGGGGGGGGUCCCCUGGCUCUGUCCCUGCCCCUGCGCCCCCGCUCCCGUCGGGUGGUAGCGGCCAGUCUGCGCCUGCGUGUGAGCGCCUGUGUCCUGCGGGAGGGGCACCCCACGGAUGAGGACAUGCAGAGUGUCGCCAGCCUCCUGAGCCGCCCUGGGGACGUGGCUGAUCUGGGGGACUUCGAGAGUGACCCCGAGGAGGAGGAGGAGCCUCGAGGGGGGCCCCCCCCCGCCCCAGCCCCCCGAGAGUCCCCCCGGGAGCUGCAGGCGCUGCCUGAGGAGGAGGAGGUGGAGGAAGAGCCCAAGGGUCCCCCCCCGGGCACAGGCCCCCCCAUACAGGAGGGUGAUUGUGGGGAUCCCCCCACACUGGGGGUACAAAGGGACCCCCCCGGCCCUGGGGGUGAACAACCCCCACCCCAAGAGAUGGAAGUGCCCCCCCCCGGGGGCAGCGCUCUGCUGCUGCGCUGGUGCCAGGCGGCCACGAGCGGGUACCGAGGGGUGAGAGUCACCAACUUCAGCACCUCCUGGCGCAGCGGCCUCGCGUUCUGUGCCCUGCUGCACCGGCACCGGCCGAGGCUCCUUGACUACGAGUCUCUGGAUCCCCUCGACAUCAGGGGCAACAACAAACUGGCCUUCGAUGCCUUCUCUGCCCUGGGGGUGCCGCGGCUGUUGGACCCCUCGGAUCUGGUGCUGCCGCCGGUGCCUGACCGCCUGGCGGUGAUGACUUACCUGAGCCAGGUGCGGGCCCGGCUGCAGGACACCCCCCCUGGGGAGGGGGGGGCCCCCAUGGGCACCCCCGGACACACAGCUCGGUAUGGUUCCAUUGAGGGGGGGCCCUCCCAGACCCCCCCGGACCCCCCACUUGGCCCCGGCCAUGGGGGACCCGCUCCGGACCCCAAGGACGCAGGAGCCCCCCCCGCGCCCCCCCCCCGCACCAAAAGCUUCUCCCAUCUGCGGGAUGCGGACCUGGUGAGGAGGCGGCGCCAGGAGCGGCGCGGGGACCCCCCCCGGGCCCCCCCCAUGGGUGAUGGGGACACCGGGACCCCUCCCGCGGCCCCACCAGCCCGGCCCCAACCCGAGACCCCAGCAGAGGAGGAGACACCGCGCCUGCGUGACACCAGCCAGUUCGUGGUGGCCGAGCUGGAGGCGCUGGAGCGGGAGCAGGAGCGCGUGGACAAGGUGGCCGUGAGCCUGGAGCGGGAGCUGCGCGGCCUCAUGGAGUCGGGCUCAGACCGGUGCCGUGAGGAGCAGCUCAUCCAGGCCUGGUUCUCACUGGUGAACCACAAGAACUCUCUGCUGCGGCGCCAGGACCAGCUCCAGCUGCUGGCAGAGGAGCAGGACCUGGAGCGUCAGUUCGAGCUGCUGAGCAGGGAGCUGCGGGCGAUGCUGGCAAUGGAGGAGGGUCUGAAGCCCCCAGCUCAGCGCCAGCGGGAGCAGCUGCUGCUGGAUGAACUGGUGGCACUGGUGAACCGGAGGGAUCAGCUCGUGCGGGACCUGGACUGGCGCGAGCGGACGGCACAGGAGGAGGAUGCUCGCCUGGAGCGAGGCCUGGACCAGCGGCGCCGCAGCCUGGCCCGCAGGGACACCUGCAGCAUCACAUGAGGGGGACCCCCCCCGGG